UAAAGCGGGAUGGUAAGGGCGUGAGUGGUUGAAGUGUUCAUGUCCAGAUGUAGAGGGUAGAGAUAGGCACAGGCCGUCGCGUGAUAUAGGGAGUGAGUUGUGGAGGUGUGAAAGAGACGGCGUCGUGUCUGAGGCUGGGAUGUGUCUCAGCCUUGUUUGUCGGGUUUCAGAUAGCCAAGACGUGACGCACUGGCGAUGGCGAUGGCGGCGUAGGGCUGAGCUUCGAUGGACGCGACUGUCUGUGGACGAAAGACAGACGACGUGGAGUUUGAGUUGCAAGAAGAGUUUGGAUCUUUGUGGUAAGCUACUAAUACUACUCUAUCUCCAGUCUGCAAAUAUCGUUCUUGUCCAUCAGCUGGUUCAAUCCCAACCUCGAGAGGCAGGAGCGGGUCUUGGCGUCCGUUGCACGCCCAAGGUACGGCGCGCUGUUUGCUGCAGCCUUGGGCCUUUGCAGUGACUUUAUACCGCACAACCACUUCACCACCACACUCGUGGCGGUUUUGAACUCUCUCGAAGCUGCAAUAGAAUUACAUUUACCUCACGAGAACUUGGAAACCGCGCUCAACCACCACCCGCGU